AUGGUACUCGAACAAACUUUUAUUAUUUGUAAACCAGAAGCGGUUAAAAGAAGAUUAGUUGGUGAAAUUAUUUCUAGAUUUGAAAGAAAAGGAUUGUAUAUUAACAAUAUUAAAUUCUUUAAACCAACUAAAGAACAGGUUGAAAAUCACUAUGAAGAACAUAGAGAUAAACCAUUCUUUGAUAAGAUUGUAAAAUCUGUCUCUUCUGGUUUUGUUUGUGCUUUUGUUUUGGAGGGUAAUAAUGCUGUUAGUGUUGCUCGUACUCUUAUUGGUGAGACUAAUCCUGUUAAAUCAUGUCCUGGUUCUAUUAGAGGUGAUUUUGGUUUAAACACCGGUAAAAAUCUUAUUCAUGGUGCUGAUUCAGUUGAAAGUGCUAAAAGAGAAAUUAAAAUCUUUAUGGGUGAACUUAAUAAAAUUGAAUACUUUGAUGAAGAUUUGAUUUAUGAAUAA